AUGAAUCUGAAUGGGUUUUUUCAAGAAAAAUAUCAAUUAACAAUUUCAUUUCGUUUACAAUUCUUCUCUAAUAUUUUUUAUAUUUUUCUUGUUUUAGCUGUUUCAUUAAAUCAACCAAAGCUUUCUCCAACAGCCACUUGGAAUUCCAAUGGAAUUACCUUUGCUAAUCGAUCGAUUGUAGGUGAAUAUCCUCUCGCCAUUUUUGUGAACACAAAUAACACAACUUAUGUCGCUAACCGAGAGAAUAACACAAUUGUAAUGUGGGAAGAAGAUAGUGUCAGUCCUACAAAGAUCAUUCACGGUGAUUUUAUAGAACCCACUUCUAUCUUCGUGACAUCAAAUAGUAGUAUUUAUAUUGAUGAUGGAUUUGAGAAUCGUCGAGUGCAGAAAUGGAGUGCAGAAACAAGUACCUUUAUCACGGUGAUGAGUGUCAACUCAUCAUGUUGGGGUUUGUUCGUCGAUAUCAAUGAUACUCUUUACUGUUCAAUGUCUGAUUAUCAUCAAGUAGUGAAAAGAGCAUUAAAUGAUUCUGUGCUAGCUUCAAAUCGUGUUGCUGCUGGAACAGGUAUUGAAGGAUCAGCCUCGAAUCAACUUGCUGGUCCAGGAGGGAUCUUUGUCGAUGUGAAUUUGAAUUUAUAUGUGGCAGAUUGUUUAAAUAAUCGAAUUCAGUUGUUUCAGUCGGGAGAACCAAAUGGCAUCACAGUAGCUGGAUAUACAUCACUAAAUCCAACAAUUACACUUGAUUGUCCAAGUGGAAUUAUAUUAGAUGCUGAGAGAUAUUUGUUCAUUGUGGAUCUAUUGAAUCAUCGAAUUGUUGGCUCAGGCUUGAAUGGUUUUCGAUGUUUAGUUGGAUGUUAUGGAGAGGGUUCACAAUCCAAUCAAUUGAAUAAGCCAUUUAGUUUUAGUUUCGAUCGUUCUGGAAACAUAUUUGCAACUGAUCAAACAAAUCAUCGAAUUCAAAAAUUUUUAUUGAUGAAAGAUUCUUUUGCUCUUUCAUUCAAUCAGCCAAAGUUUUGUUCAACAGCCGCUUGGAGUUCCAAUGGAAUUACCAUUGCUAAUCAAUCGGUUGUUGGUGAAGAGCCUACCGUUAUUUUUGUGAACAUAAACAAUACAAUCUAUGUCGCUAACCGAGAAAAUAACACAAGUGUAAUGUGGCAAGAAGAGAGUGACAAUCCAACAAAGAUCAUUUCCGGUGAUUUUACACAACCCCAGUCUCUCGUCGUGACAGCAAAUGGUGAUGUUUAUAUUGAUGAUGGUGAGACGAAUGGUCGAGUACAGAAAUGGAUAGUCGAAACAAAUAACUUUGUUACAGUGAUGCAUGUCAACUCAUCAUGUUGGGGUUUGUUCGUCGAUAUCAAUCAUACUCUCUACUGUUCAAUGUAUAAUCAUCAUCAAGUAGUGAUAAGAUCAUUAAAUGAUGCUGUAAUGGCUUCAAAUCGUGUUGCUGCUGGAACAGGUAUUGAAGGAUCAGACUCACAUGAACUCGAUGGUCCUCGUGGAAUCUUUGUUGAUGUGAAUUUGGAUUUAUAUGUGGCAGAUUGUUACAAUGGUCGAGUUCAGUUGUUCCAGUCUGGAGAAUUAAAUGGUAUCACAGUGGCUGGAAAGUCAUCACUAAUUCCAAUCACACUUUAUUGUCCAAGUGGAAUUAUAUUAGAUGCUGAGAAAUAUUUAUUUAUUGUAGAUGCAGGCAAUCAUCGUAUUGUUGGUUUAGACUUGAAUGGUUUUCGAUGUUUAGUUGGAUGUUACGGAGAGGGUUCACAAUCCAAUCAAUUGUCUGGCCCAUUGAGCUUCAGUUUCGAUCAUUCUGGAAACAUAUUUGUUACUGAUCAAUUUAAUCAUCGAAUUCAAAAAUUUCAAUAUUUGGAAGAAUCAUGUGGUAAGUUUAGAAUGAUCGAAUAA